UUGAGAAGAAGAGAAAGAAAGAAGAAAAAAAACAAAUACAAUAUGUCUCGUUUCUCAUUCAUUGCACUUGUGUUUCUUUUAUGUGUCACUUCUUCAUAUGGAGCCAAAAUUGCUGAUAUUGGAACUAUUUGCAAGAAAGCCACAAACCCUUCUUUUUGUAUAAAUCUUCUCAAAUCGAAACCCGGUGGUGCAACUCAAGACCUCGUAAGUCUUACACAAUACACUAUUAAUGUCGUUAGUACCGACAUAAAAAACACAAUUAACCUAAUCAAGAAACUAAGUGGACAAAGUAGUGAUCCCAAGGCAAAAACCCAUUACAAAAAUUGUUUGUCGAAUUUUGGAGCAGAUGAAGGAGCACUUGGUGAAGUUUCCGAAGCCCAACAACUUCUUAAGAGUGGAGAUUACAAUGGUGUGAAUCUGCGUGCAAGUGCUAUUAUGACCGAUGUUGAUGAUUGUAUUUCAGGCGAUUCACCGGGUACUCCAUCAUUUCAAGAUCGCUCUAAUCUUCCAAAAGUUGCUGGUGUUGUCACACAAGUUUCUCAAGUUAUUCUAAUUUUGACUAAUUUUUUGUUGAAUUAGAAUAUUAAUCUUAGUUUUUAAUUGCGCUUUUUGAAUAAUGUUGCUACGAAUUAUAAAUUUCAUGUUU